ACUGCAGAAUAACCAGGGCUGAUGUCAAGACAGCUCUGGGCUUUAACUCAAUUGAUGCGUUUGGAAGCUGUAUUCCAUGGCCAUGUUUUGAGUUGUUAGGAAAAGAAGAUCCUAGAAUCUGUCAGCACUACGUCCAUGCACCAAAUGAUGUGAAGGUUCAGUUUGUACAGGAGCCAAACCCCAAAUCCGACACCAUUGUUGUCUCCUGGAGGCCCAGUUAUUAUGGAAUCGCCUUCCUGAGAGGCUUUCAGGUGUCCCUUCAGGCUCUGGGGGGCUCCUCUGUUGCCUGUCAGCUCUUUCUCUUCCAUCGUAACGUCUCCCUCCCAGCCUCAUAUGCUGAAAGGGUGUACAUGUCGGACCCUUUCCCCGGCCUCUCCCUUGAUUCCCAGUAUGCAGUUACUGUCAUGGCUCUGCCGGUGCCUGAGGAGUGGAAGAAGUUCUACCAGAGCAAAAUCUUCUCCACACGUUCAUGUGCUGAAAAGAACGGUCUUGAGCAGUGCAGAAAAGACUGGUACCCGAAAUAUGUUUCAGUCAUGCAGGAAGUGGGCGCCAUCACUGUGACCUUUAACCUGGCUCCUCCAAACCUGGACAUUAGGAGCUACUUCUCACUCUGUUACGCAAACGGAAAGAAGAAGUACAUAGACAUAACACCUAAUUUCUCCAAAAACAAAACUCACCACAGUUAUCAGCUGAAUGACCUUCAAGAAGGAACUAAUUACACUUGCCAGAUUGCAGCUAACGAAGUAGAUGCAGUGAGAAGAACAUUCAAUGUUCAGGUCAUGCACAUUCAGAAAGGUAUCUUGCCGCUCUCUGUCAUUCCCUCCAUGACUCUGAUGCUUCCUCUGUGCCUAGCUGUGGUAACCUUACUUGUGGUCUUCCUGGUUGUUGUCACCAGGAGGAGGCCCAAGCUACAGAUGAAGGAACCUGACAUAAAACCAGAUAUUUCCAGUUAUCAUCAAGUGGACAAGCCUCAGGAGGAAGUGGUAUCAUUGCUCAGAAACAGGCGGACCCCUCCUCGACUUUUGAUUUGCUACAGCAGUUAUGAUGGCCCCGCUCAUGUCAAAGCUGUCAUGCAGUUAGGAGCUUUCAUACAGCGGCACAUGGCCACUCAGGUGUGCCUGGACCUGUGGGAUUCUCUGAGCGUGGCUGAGGAGGGAAGUAUGGCCUGGCACUACCGGCAGAUGCGAGAGAGCGACUUCGUUUUGGUGAUCUGCUCUAGGGGACUCAGUCAUGGACCUGAGCCUUCAAAGCCAGAGGGUGAUGACACAAAUGAGGAGGCAGACGCACUCCUGGACUUUGGGUUCAAUGCCUUCAGUGCUAAUGCAGCCAUCCAACUUAUUGGUGAGGAGGUGGGCCGAGCCAAAGCCAGGGGUCAGGACCUGUCCAAAUACAUGGCAGCUAUUUUUGAGUACUCUGAGGAAACGGACAUCCCCACAGUGCUGAGGCUGGUAUCUCACUACAUGCUGACAAGUGACCUACCGCUGCUCUUCUCCCACCUCCAUGGAGUGGCUCUGCACAGGCCAGGGGGUUACCUGAAAAUAAACCACAUUUCAGAGGAAGGUUUUACCAAAGUACCAGCUGGAGCAGCUCUGCAGUGUGCUAUCUAUGAAGCUGGGUUGUCAAUGAGGGCAAAAAGGCGCCACUCUGUGGAGGGAGGGGACUAAGCACUAAAAAAGCUUCCUAAUAUUGGAAAGACAUUGGCCUGAAUACAGACAUUCAUGAUGAUUCAUGAUGAUGACAAAUGUGCUGGCUCUAUAUGUGGCCACACAGGAGAGUGUUUGGCAGCCCUGAGUGCACAUCUGGAGGGUGACUAGUAUGUCUACAAUUCCUACAGCUACAGUACAUCAUCUAAUCACUUCUGCCUAAACUGAGCUGUAGUUGCAGAAACCAUGCACUUCAACUUCUAAAAUGUGUUAAUAUGCUACAUACAGUGUGUUCAGGAAGGAUUUGUACAAAGAGCAUCCAGUAAAAUGUGCAACGUUUACUAAGGUCUUAUUUGGAAUACAUUCUUUGUUCAUUUUUUUGCUAUGUAAUUGACAUUUGAAAUAAGGACACAACACAAACUAUUAAUCUCAUACAUAAGUUAUUAAAGUUAUGAUGUUAUGUUUACCUUAAAGCAUUUAUUGAACAUUGUAUGUAUGCAUGCUGACAGUCAAAC